GGUGGCCCUGGUGACUGAGAUGGCAUCCUCUCUAAAGGUCCUUGGCCCUAUCUUGGCCCUGCUGUUUCCCCUAUGUGGGCUGCUUAUACACAGCCAGAACCUUUCCUGGAGGGAAUUCAUGAAGCAGCACUACCUGAGCACAAACUGGAAAUUCAGCGACUACAAAUGCGAUGAUCUCAUGAGGGAAAGAGGAGCUCCAAAAGACAGGAACUAUCACACCUUCAUCUAUACCUUGUGGCACAAAAUCGAGCAUAUAUGCCUCAGGAAGUGGAGAGAUCGUUACAGAAAUGUAUAUAUAUGGGUCCAGCAUCCCUUCAAAAUCCUCCAGUGCUACCAGGAGGGUAACAAAAAGAGCUACAGAGAACAUAGCAGCUACAGCUACAUUGAAUUCCACUGUGGCAUGAAUGGGUAUGUGGACAGCAUAGAGGACAUCCAAUUGUUAGACAUCAAAAAUUAGAAAGUCUACCCACACCCCCAGGUUUUAGUAGAGUGCCCAUUACUUCCCAAGUGGUAGCCUGAUGCCUACAUCAACAGCGUUGGCUACUCCUUCCUUUGCGUGUAUUUGCUAAUGUUUUCU